CAAGAACGUAGUGCAGCAGCGUUCAGCGGGCGGCGUCAGUGCGAAGGAGGAAGGAGACCACACCCGUGUCGCCUCAACCCAUGACGCCUACAUCGCAAUAACCGUCCCGGACCUGCCCCCGCCGAGAAGCACACCUCCUGGUGCCGGAACGGACACUACGCGCUGAACACCAUGGUGGCUCACGUGCAUUCAUUCACCGGUGACACCCAAGCGGCCCAAGCUUGGACGCGAGGUUGGCGUGGAACAAGCUGCGCCUGCGUGCUGUCGUGCGCCGGCGUGCUACUACUGCCUCAUACCACGUGACAAGCUACAGUCUGCAAGAGGAGCAUUCCCGUCAGCGGCUGCUUCACUUGGCAGUGGCGCCGGAACUGCGCACGUCGUGUUAAUUUAACUGCUUCUGUACAGGGUGAUAGCUCCAUGUGUACCGAAGGUACAGCUCCGGUUUUCAGCACGGGGCAGGUGGAAUCAACUGGCCUUCGCUUGGCGAAUCUUGAUGGCGCCAUGGGGCACAUCUCGGGAGCAGCCAUCAAUUUCCGUUUUCCGUGCACCAUUGCCGAAGGUCGCACUUGCCAAAUUGUUAGGCACUUGUCUGUCUGGAACGAAUUCCUGUGCCAAGCUCACCUGGAAUUAAGAGAACUGCCUGCUCUCCGCUCACAGCUUUGUCUGGGUGGCUUCGACGGUCCACAUCCCGUGGACACCUUGCAGGACCAGUUGCACGAAGCCGCUACCUUGGUGUACCUGUUGCUAACAAACCACACCUGUGUAACCGCCCUCGACAUCGGUCCUCUCCGCCUAAACGAGUACGAAGCGCUGCUGUGCAGCUCGCUUCAGAAGAACAUUUCCAUCAGAAACCUGAAGCUGCGAUUCCCCAGACUUGAGGUUCCCAAAGCUAUUUGCAGCCUUAUGUCUUCUAUGAAGAUGCUGGAAAAUCUUGAGUGUUGUUCAGUGACUGAUUGUUCUGAGCCAUUUCUUAGAGCUCUUACAAAGCUCCUGGUGGUGACCUCGUCACUCACUGUCCUGAAUCUUUCAGAACUUCCCAUGAAAUGUCGAGCUUCUAAAGAGUUUCUAAUUGCGCUCAGAACCAACUCUUCGGUGAAAGAAGUUUCAUUACACGGCUCAUCUUUAAAUGAAACUUCAAGAACAGUUUUCAGAGACUAUCUAUUGUGUACGAAAACACUGACAAGUCUCAGCGUUGUUGCAGACAAACAGCACAGCCACCUGCCACUGUCCUCAAUUCUGGAGGAUCUGCUCAAGAACAAAACAUUAGCUCAUUUGAAUUUCACGGGUUUUGCUAUAGAUACAAAGGUCGCAGAACUGUUAAUGAAAUUUAUGGCUGUAAAUAUGGUCCUCCGCUCCUUCAAACUUAUUUCUUCUCAGGUAAAUUUCGGUCCACAGUUGCAGUCAGUAGCUGACUAUUGGCUUAUGGCACUCCAUGAAAAUGAAUCACUGAAAGAAAUAAGACUUCCUUAUAGCUUACUGGGACCAGAGCAGUGGUGCCUGCUUUUCGCUGUGUUACAAGCGAAAGCAAACCUCCAGAAAAUCGUUAUAGAACUGAACACCGUUGAUACCGAGGAUUUGACUAGGACAUACGAGGCCUUGAAAACGAUGCCAGAAGGGAAAGUUUCUGUCGUAAACAGUCACAUAUGUUGCGUUUUUUAUUUUUGCAAAUGCUCAACAUUUUCUCAUUUCUCUUCUUGCCUAGGCUUUGGAACUCAAGAACAGUUUUUGAAAUCUUUACAACACAUACCAUUGCUUAGCCGAGUUACGUCAGUCCACCUGGACAUAUGGAUUUCAUUUUUUGAUGACGUUGUAUCAUCUGCCAUCACCCAUUAUAUUGAGGAAACGACUGCGCUGAAGACACUGCAUCUGAUUUCGUGGUGUAAUAACAUCUUUACGCAGACCACAACUCCUCUUUGGCGGGACAUUGUGGUAGCGCUGUCUUGUAACGCGACCAUAAGUGAACUGCGCUUGCGGGCAGUGUGCAUGAAUACAGAAGACGUGGCACUACUGGCGGCUGUUGUGGCGUCGUCUAAGCGCAUCCAGAACUUCCACUUCAUACCGCAACGUACGAGCUGCGCCUUCGCCUUUCUUCAGGCUUUGUCAAGUGGGGUAGCCGAGAACACGACACUUCUAAGCUUUACUCUGCACUGGGGUGUAAACGGAGACAUGGUGAAGGCCUGGUUCGCCGUCUCAGACGCGACACGUCGCAACUCCGGCCUGGUGACUCGCGCUGCUCAGUUCGUCAUUGGGGCUCGAAACGACAGGUGCUGCGCGCAAUCUCUUGAGCGGGUUGCCUGCCAUCCAUUCCUGCCAGAGAAGAUCGCCGAACUGUUGUCCGUGAGUGAAUCGAAGGCAGCCAUGUUGCUGCAGGAAGGUGUCGACAGCUUGGCAGACCUGAACAACUUCAUGCGCCUCAGCGGAGUCGUCAGGGAACGAGUCGUGUGCCGCACAGCUCAAGGAGCUCGCCUUUACCUCGACGCUCUCGACGACCAGUGCUGGCGUCGUAUCAGACGCUACUUGACUCUCGACGACGUCAGGGAGCCCGCGUCUCCGUCUCAGAAGCUCUACAUGACCUGGAAUCAGCGUGUCACCGGCCAAGCAAUUGGAAAGAUUCAAGCGAACGUAUUUUUUGGCGUGUAAGUGCAUGUAUCAAAGUGAAAACAUAUAUUGUGCUAGUUAAUUAAAUGCGCAAUACAUGUGCCAGCCAAUGUGCUUGUCGGUCCACAAAUGUUUUUAAUAAAUAAUAUCAAGAAGACA